CUGGCGAUUGUGCGCACACGCAGACACCUGCGAGCCUCGACGCACGCACGCACGCUGACGCACACACGGCCGGCCCACGCAGCCUCACUAGAUCCGUGCCCCGCGCUGCGGCCGGCGGUGAGCACAGAGGAGGGGGCGGGGCCGCGGGCGCGGCUCUGGCGACCAAGCAGGGAGCAACAGGAGUCCACUGCCUGCGGGCGGCGGCGCCAUGGAGGCCGAGCCGGGGCGGGAGUGCGGCGUUCCGGGCCAGAUGCGACAGGAGGGCGCGCUGGCCCUGGCCGAGUUCGCGGCUGUGCACGGCUCGGCGCUGCGCGCCUCCGGCGUUCCCGAGCGGUACUGGGCCAGUCUCCUGCACAAGCUAGAGCACGAGGUUUUCGAUGCGGGGGAGAAGUUUGGGAUAAUGCAGGUGGAGGAGGCAGAAGAGGAUGAAGAUGAGGCCAUCCAGGAAGGACGGAGAAAACAGCCCAACCCAGGGGGCGAGCUGUGCUACAAAGUCAUCGUGACCAGCGAGAGUGGGCUCCAGGCUGACAACCCCAACAGCAUCUUCCUCAUCGACCACGCCUGGACGUGUCAUGUGGAGCAUGCACGCCAGCAGCUGCUGCAGGUGCCGGGGUUGCUGCACCGCAUGGCCAACCUGAUGGGCAUUGAGUUCCAUGGCGAGCUGCCCAGCGAGGAGGCCGUGGCCCUGGUGCUAGAGGAGAUGUGGAAGUUCAACCAGACCUACCAACUGGCCCAUGGGGGUGGACUGGUCUUGGUUUGGGGCACAGGAAAGGAGUUUAGCAAGCCCGGGCAGGGGCAGGAGACACGCGGACAGGGGUUGCCGCCGUCCCACCCGCAGACAGCCGAAGAGAAGAUGCCGGUGUGGUACAUCAUGGAUGAGUUCGGCUCGCGGAUCCAGCAUGCGGACGUGCCCAGCUUUGCCAUGGCGCCCUUCUUCUACAUGCCCCAGCGGGUGGCCUACACACUGCUGUGGCCCCUGAGGGACCUGGACACAGGCGAGGAGGUGACCAGGGACUUUGCCUAUGGAGAGGCAGACCCGCUGAUCCGGAAGUGCAUGCUGCUGCCCUGGGCCCCCGCCGACAUGCCGGACCUCAGCUCCUCCACGCCCGAGCCUCCCGCCGAGUACUACCAGGCCAUUCUGGAGGAGAACAAGGAGAAACUGCCUCUUACCAUCAGCCCAGCUCCCCAUGCUCAAGACCACAUUUUCAAGGUCCACACGGAUGUACAGCAGGUGCUGGGCCACCUCACCCACCCGCGCUUCACCUUCACCACGAGUGAGGCGGAGGCUGACGUCCUGUACCACUUCUCCCACUUCAAGGACUACAGGAAGCUCAGCCAGGAGAGGCCGGGUGUGCUGCUAAACCAGUUCCCCUGCGAGAACCUGCUCACAGUGAAGGACUGCCUGGCCUCCAUCUCCCGCCGGGCCGGGGGUCCAGAGGGCCCUGCCUGGCUGCCACGAACCUUCAACCUGCGUACUGAGCUGCCCCAGUUUGUCACCUACUUCCAGCAGCGGGAGAGGCGGGGCGAGGACAACCACUGGAUCUGCAAACCCUGGAACCUGGCCCGCAGCCUGGACACCCAUGUCACCAGGAGCCUGCACAGUAUCAUCCGGCACCGGGAGAGCACCCCCAAGGUCGUGUCCAAGUACAUCGAGAAUCCCGUCCUGUUCCUCCGUGAGGACGUGGGCAGUGUCAAGUUCGACAUCCGCUACAUUGUGCUGCUGCGCUCCGUGAAACCGCUGAGGCUGUUCGUGUAUGACGUGUUCUGGCUGCGCUUCUCCAACCGACCCUUCGAGCUCAACGACCUGGACGACUACGAGAAGCAUUUCACCGUCAUGAACUACGACCCGCAUGCGGUACUAAAGCAGGUGCAUUACGACGAGUUCAUCCCCCAGUUUGAGAAGCAGUACCCAGAGUUUCCCUGGAGUGGUGUGCAGGCUGAGAUCUUCCGGGCCUUCACGGAGCUGUUCCAGGUAGCAUGUGCCAAGCCACCACCCCUGGGUCUCUGUGACUACCCCUCAUCCCGGGCCGUGUAUGCUGUGGACCUCAUGCUGAAGUGGGACACCCGCCCAGAUGGGACUCGAGCCAUGCAGCCGCAGAUCCUGGAGGUGAACUUCAACCCUGACUGCGAGCGGGCCUGCAAGUACCACCCCUCCUUCUUCAAUGACAUCUUCAGCACCUUGUUCCUGGACCAGCCUGGCGGCUGCCAGGUCACAAGCCUCAUCUAGGCCCUGUGGCCCCUGCCACAAGUGGCCAAGAUGCCGUUCCAGCCUCACCCUCUGCGCUGCUCUGCAGAGCCCCUCCCUGGCCACCUCCCUGCCUCCUCCUCCUGGGGCAGCCCCGGUUCCCCCUCCAAACCCUGGCCUUCCUGGGACCAUCGGCCCACCACACACCGGCGCCACAGAGCCUGCCUACCCCACCCCUCUCCGCUCCUCUCCGCCCUUUGUGGGCUGAGGAGUGUCCCUGUCCCUGAGAGCUUAUCCCCAGCUGCCUCGUUGCAGAGGUCUUAGGGGAAAGGGGUUCCCUGGAGCCCUGUAUCACAUAGGCCAGGCCUUGUCUCCAGUCUGCCGUCAGCGAGUGGCUCCCCUGAGUGGAAAUCUGUCUGCACCCACAAGGCUGUGUGAUGGGCCCCAGAACCAUCACCACACACCAAGACUCCAGAAGGAAGCUGGCUCCUUAGGGUCCCUGCCUCCCUAGGGCCUCUGGGCUCACUGAGCACCUCACCAGGCCCCGGCUACCUCUUGAGAUGGGUGGCACUCUGGGGACAGGACAAGGGGCUGGGUCAAGAGUGAGCGCUAAUGUGGUUCCAAGCAGGCUUUGCUAGUCUCCUCCGAGGUCCAGAGUCAGAAUGUCAGGUUGAUAGGAUUUUUAUUUUGGGGAGGAAAAUGUAAAAUUUCCAGUUCUUCUAAUUUCAUGUUUUGUGUCACUGCAGUGCACCUGACUCAGGUAAGUGGCACUGACUCCCAGUGGCUGGAGCUGCUUCUGGAGCCUCCCCCUGCACAGGGGAGCAGGGCAGGGCAUCAAGUGUUGCAUUUUUGAAGCCAAAACCACCCCUUCCUUAGCAGAGCCCGACUCCAUCUCUGUCCCAGGGCCCCUUAGUGGGGCACUGCACUCCAGCCCGACGGCUGCUGCCACAGCUGAACAGGGGUCCUGUAAUUCUCCCCUUCUUCGCUGGAUUUGUACCUCAAUAAAGUUGGCCUUUUUUUGCCUGUGCCCCUUCCUAUUA